AUGAAUCAAUUAAAAAUCAAAAAUUACUAAAUUAUAAAAGAAUUAGGUAAGGGAGCUAAUGGAUAAGUAUUUCUUGCAAUAAAUGAUGAAGAUAAAAAACAAUAUGCUUUAAAACUAUAAUAAUCUGAAAUUACAGAUUAUGAAAAAGAAAUUAUAAAGUACAUUUUAUUCAUUUAUGUUAUAGAGAAUUCAGAAAUUAUGAACUAAAAAAUGUAGUAAGAAGUUAUGAGCAUUUUGAAUUUCAACAAGGUUUUAUGGAUUACAAUUGUAUCGCUAUGGAUUAUUGUAAUGAAGGUGAUUUGUAAAAUUUUCUAAAAAUGCAUCGAAAGGAUGCUAAAAUAUAAGAAAUAAGGGAUAUGAUAUUUUAAGUAAUUUUUUAUUCAAUUACAAGAUUGCUUACGGAAUAUGGGAGCUACAUGAAUUCAACAUAAUUCAUCGAGAUCUCAAACCAUUAAAUAUAUUAAUGCACAUCUAAGAUGAUGAGCUUUUGUUAAAGAUAUGUGAUUUAGGCCUUUCAAAAAUAUCAAAAGGCAACGGUAGUCAUACAGUGAAUAUUGGUACUCCUUAUUACAUGGCUCCAGAAUUAAUCUAAAAUGAUGAAAAUUUAAAUUAUGAUAGCUCUGUUGAUAUUUGGGCUUUGGGAGUGAUUAUAUUUGACUUUUUCUCAGAAGAAUAAUUAUUUUUUGGAAAAAAUAUAAAUACCAUCUUUCAAUAGAUUAGAAAUUAAGAUAUUAGAUAGAAAUUAAAUAUAAUCUAGGAUCAUGAUUUAAGAUAAAUUUGUGAAAAAUGUUUAAAAAGGGAUUCAAGAUAAAGGGUAAAAGUUGAGGAGAUACUCAAUUGUUUAAAUAAAAACAAAUUUGAAAAUUAAUAAUAAACUCUACGUUCUGAAACAAAUAAAAUAGUAUAAAGUUAAAUUAAAAUUUAAAAUGCUAGCUAAAUGGUUCAAUAAGGCUCAUAAUUAAAUAAAUAAUUGAAUGGAUAAUAAAUUUAAUUGCAAGUUUCGCUUUUAUCAAAAAUAAGGGAUAAAAAGUUUGCUACUUAAUUAAUUUUUAUGUAUGAAGAUUAAAGAAGCGAGGUUGAAAUUUUGAAAGAAUUAAAAAUAAAAGGAGACAAACUGAUUCAAAAUUCAUAUGCAUAGUAAUGA